CUCCAUUGUUAUUGGCGUGUGCGCUGCGGACUAUGUUGCUGGAUAACCGUGUCCCUGUUGUUGCGCUAACAUUGCUGGCCGCCGUGUUCUGCGCUGAUUUUGCCCAAGAAACUGUCGUGUACCCACAAAUCCUUCAAAGCAGGGCGGAUGAUGGCGCAACAAUACUCAAACUCACCGAUGAUUUGACACUAAAUCUCCGACAGAAGCCAGCUUACGGGGAUCAAUUGCUCGUAAGGACCACACGUGAAGACGGCGUUUUUGUCAGCGAAUAUGUAUCUGCAGCCCGGUACAACGACCGGCUCUUCCAAGACGACAAAAAGAUGGCGUCUGUUGUUCUCACACAAGGCGGCGGAAUUCAUGUGAACGGAAUCAUCGGAGAGGAGCUGCGAAUCAAACCCCUGCACACAAUGGAACGAUCCUCAGAAGGACACUUACCACAUCUAUUGUACCGUGGCGAUCCAGUUGAUAGUUAUACGCCGUUGCAAGAUUACAUUCCAGUUCCUCUCAACCAGUGGGAUGCGUUGCCCCUCCACGAAGACGUUUACGAAGAACGCAAUGAUCUGAUGCUUGAUCCAGAGGUUCACGUCGUCUUCGAUUCGACAUAUGUGAAGCAGUACAACUACAAUACGACUGAUAUUAUCGUUUACUUCGGAGCCGCCCUGAAUUCUAUUAAUCUGCGAUAUAAAACAAUCAAGUCAAUAAAAGUAAGAAUCCAUGUGAUUGGGUUCACGUUUAAUUCCCACGUUCGCGAUGAGCCAUACAUACGGCGAAUCCGGGGUACUACGGUAGGCGACUUUACCUCAACACUGUACAGCUUUGGGAACCAUUACAGGGUCAAGCAGCCAGAGUUGUACGAGCAAGUGGAUAUGAUGGCAUUGAUUACAGGGAGAGACCUGUGUGCCAUACAGAACAACAGGAUCGUAUGCAACGUGUACGGUUUGGCCUUCGUUAGUGGGGCAUGCACGUACCUGAAGACAUCUGUAGAAGAAGACAGCCCGUGGUCUUUCAACAUCGUCCGCACAAUGGCGCACGAGUUAGCGCACAACUUAGGCUGCGUUCAUGACGGGGAAGGACCAGUUCAAGGUCUCAUCGGUCAUCCCGGAGCCAUUGACUGUCCCUGGGACUGGGGUUACAUCAUGAGUUAUAUUCAGAGAGACACAAAGGAAUACCACUUCUCCCAGUGCUGCGUUGCUCAGAUCGAAUAUUUAGCCCGGUAA